AUGUCGAGACCAUUGCUGCCGUCGCUGCCGCCGCCGCCGCCGCCGUUCCAGCGGCGUACGAAUGGCUUCCACAACACGACUACUGGGUCAAAACUUCUGCCGGCUACAUCGCACACACGUGAGAGCCGAGUUCAUGGCCAGGAAAUUGGUAACGCAACAACCGACGCGUUUGCGAGCUGGCCUUCGCCACCCACGAAAGACGAGCGCCGCACUCAUUCUCGGCCUGCACCUACGCAAAGCCGUCUCCUCCAGAUCGUGAAGAGGAGGCGCCGCACAGCCGAAGUCAUGUAUGUCGCCCACAGGGUCCACAAAGACAAGGCCACCAUCGCCGCGCUUCUCGCUCGUGAGGGGGUUGCACUUGCCAGACGAGAGUCACGAGUAAGAACCCGGGAGAACGCCUUAGCCCAGCGCGAGAACGAGCUCUUGAUCGCAGAAGAUGUGCUCAAACAGAAGUGCACCGGUUCUGUGCUCGUCGAGGGCCAGGCGUCACUGCGACUCAACACGGCUCAAGAGACUGUUAUCGAGCACUACCGUUCGCGGAUUACGUCGCUCGAAACACAACUGAAAGCAGCAAACGGCGUCGAGGCCGCCGUCCGCCUAGAGUUCGCAGAGCGAAUCGGUCGAUUGCAAGGCCGCCUCGACGGCCGAUCUGAGCAGGUUGAAGAUGCGAAGGGGCGUUGCAGAGAUACACAGAAUGAACUCGUUCACGCUCAGCUGUUGAACAGAGAGCUGCAAGAAAAGCUCGAUGCUGCCACUCGCUCGAACAAUGAGCUCCAACGUCAGCGUGAUAACGCCUACCGCAUGGAAAAAGAGAAUCAAAGGAACCCCAAUCCAAUUCGACGCUUCACUCUGGAGCCCGACGCGUAUCCUUCUACCAUCGGACCUCGGACUUACGAGGCCACUUCGUUAGAUGUAUCUGACCAACGAACGACUGCCAAUGCGGCCGAUGCUAGUCUGUCACGACGUGGUUCUUCGCUCUUCCACAGAUGA